GCGGAAGCACGUCACUGCGCCGACGCGGGAAACACACGAUUGAGUGCAUGCAGUCAAAACAAUCUGCAACUUCUGUUUACGUGAAGCUUACUGCCUUAUCUUGUGCUACAAGUCAAAGCACUGGUCCAAAAUGUCUAAGAUUGAAAAGAUGAGUAUCCUGGGAGUAAGGAGCUUUGGAGUUGAGGAUAAAGACAAACAAGUGAUCACCUUCUUCAGCCCCCUGACUGUCCUUGUGGGACCUAAUGGAGCUGGGAAAACGACCAUCAUUGAGUGUCUCAAGUACAUCACUUCAGGAGACUUUCCACCAGGAAGUAAAGGAAACACAUUUGUCCAUGAUCCCAAAGAUGCUCAUGAGACAGAUGUCCGGGCACAGAUCAGACUCCAGUUUAGAGACGUGAAUGGCGAUCCUGUGGCAGUCCAGAGGUCUAUGCAAAGCACACAGAAGGGCAAGAAAACUGAGUUCAAAACUCUUGAGGGUGUCAUUACAAGAAUCAAGCAUGGAGAAAAAGUGAGCCUGAGCUCUAAAUGUGCUGAAAUAGACCGUGAGAUGAUCUCAGCACUGGGCGUCUCCAAGGCUGUUAUCAAUCAUGUCAUCUUCUGCCACCAAGAGGAGUCCAACUGGCCUCUCAGUGAAGGAAAGGCCCUCAAGCAGAAGUUUGAUGACAUUUUCUCAGCCACAAGGUACAUUAAGGUAUUGGAGACUUUGCGGGCGCUGAGGAUGAAGCAGACCAGCAUUGUUAAAAGCUGCCAGAUGGAGCUCAAGUACCUGAAACAAAACAAAGAUAAAGCCCAAGAGAUUAGAGAACUGCUGUCUACUAAAGAGGCUCAGCUGUCUUCCUGUAAAGAAAGUGUCCAACGCAUCGAGAGUCAGAUUGACCCACUGAAGAAUCAACUGAAUGAGAUUGACAACAGCCUCAACAAAGUGAAUGAGCUGGCUAAUAAGAUCAAAACUCUGGAAAGCAGGAAGAAACAGAUGGAGGAUGAUAACCGGGACCUAGAGGAAAAGAUUGAACAGGUGUUUCAGGGCUCAACUGAUCAGCUGGAGGACAUGUAUCAGAACCACAGGAGGACGGUGGAAGAGAAGGAGCAGAGACUUGCGGAGUGUCGGCGUGAGUUUGAACAGGCCAGUCAAGAAUGCCAGAGGAUGAGCCGCGACAAAUCUAACCUGCUAGUUGAGCAAGGCCGUCUUCAGACACAGGCAGAUAGGCACACAGAAAACAUUAAAAAGAGGGACACUCAGGUCAAGACUUUAGCAUGUUUCCUGGAGUUGGGGGGUUAUGACCAAACCCCUCUUAGUGAACGACAGCUCCAGAGCUUCCACAGGCAAGUCGAAGAGUGACUCAAAAAGGACUCAGAGGCCCUCAACCAAACUAUGCAUGAUAUGCAGGAGAAAGUGGCACAGAAGCAACAAAGCAUUGAUGACCUCCGAGAUAAGAAGACAGGUCUAGAGAGAACUAUUGAUAUCAAGAGAGACAUACAGGCCAAGAAACAACAGGAACUGAAAAACAUCAAGUCUGACCUCCAAAGACUGGAGGGCUCCUCAAGCAGACUACAGGAGCUGGACACUGAACUUCAGAAAGUGGAGUGUGAGCUUGAUAAUGCCAUGCAGGCCUAUACGGUGGACAGCCUAAAGGCAGAAGAAAUUGAACUACAGAAGGAGAAAACUGAACUGGAUCAGGCCCAGCGCAGACUAGACCAGGAGAUGGAAUUGCUGAACACACACACUGCAGAACGCACACAGAUGGACAUGCUCAAAAACACAGAGGUGAGUGCACAAGAGCAAGUGAGUAAGAUCAAGUUGAGACAUAAUAAAAAGCUGGUGUCUCUGCUGGGACACUUUCCAAGCAAGAAAUAUCUAGAAGACUGGAUCUACUCCAAAUCCAAAUACAUCGACUCCACCAGAGAGCAGCUCAGCGAAAUGAACAAGGAGCUUGCAUCCACAGAACAGAAGAAGACUCACUUAACUGCAGAAAUUAAACAAAAGGAAGAGCAGCUGGCCAGUUCUGAAGAGAGACUUUUUAAAGUGUGCGGCAGUCAGGACUUUGAGUCGGACUUAGACAGACUGGAGGAUGAGUGGAAUAAGUGUUCCAAACAGAUAGCCAUGCUGACUGGUGCCACAGCCAUGUACAGUCAGUUCAUCAGUCAGUUGACGGAGGAGGGCGAGCCCUGCUGUCCCGUAUGUAAGCGUGUGUUCCCGUCAGAAGCAGAGCUCCAGGACGUCAUUAAUGACAUGCAGUCCAAGCUACGUCUUGUCCCAGACAAACUAAAGAACACUGAGGAUGACCUGAAAAGUAUGAAGAGCAAGCGUGAUGAAAUGAUGGAACUGAAGCCCAUCAGACAGUCCUUAGCGAAGCUCCAGGAGAAAGAGCUGCCAGAGCUCAGAAAUGAACUCCAGAGUGUGAAUCGAGACAUUGAGAAGCUGAAAGGAGACAUUGAGGAGCAGAAGACACUGUUGUGCACACUGAGGUCUGAGGAAAUCACAGCUAAAGACUGUUUGCAGGACAUAUUACUCAUGGAUCGCUAUGAGCUUGAAUUGAAGGAUGUAGAGAGAAAGAUCGCUCAACAUGCAGCAAAGUUGCAGGGAGUUGACCUCAGCCGCACCAUGCAGCAGGUCAGCCAGGAGAAACAAGAGAACCAACACUGCCUGGACACCAUCUGCAAUAAGAUGGAGCUGAAGAGGAAACGUCAGCAGCUGGAGGAGCAGCGUGCGGAGUUCACCACUGAGAUCCAAACACUCGACAGAGACAUUCGAGAUGCAGAAGAGCAGGUGUCUCCUCUAGCAGCCACUCUGGAGAAGCUCCAGCAGGAGAAACAGGACCUUGCUGAGCAAAGAAGGCAGAAACAGGAGGACGGACAGGAAAAGAUAAAUACAAUAAAGGAAAAGGAUAAAAACGUGACCCUCCUUGAAAUAGAGAUCAACGAGUACAUAAAAGAGGGCAAAGACGGCUACAAAGAGCAAAAUAAAACUAAGCUAUGUGAGGUGGACAAACAACUACAUGAGGUUGAAAAACAGCGAGAGAAGAUCAGUAAAGAGAUGGACGACAUUAGACAAGAUAUUGACACUCAGAAGGUUCAAGAGUGCUGUUUACAGGACAACUUGACCUUACGGAAGCGCAUGGAGGAGCUAAAAGAGGUGUCCAGAAAUCACGAAGACUUGGUUAAGGAGAUAGGCAACAUGCAAGUUCAGCAACUGCGCAAUGAGAAGCAAGAAGUGGAGCAAAAGUUGGAGGACCUGAAAAAGAGCCGCAGUGAGGCUCUCGGUCGACAAAAAGGCUACGAGGAGGAGAUCCUCCAUUUUAAUAAUGAGCUCAGUGAGGACCAAUAUUGCCAGGCAGAGGAUCACUACAGAGACAAAAUGGUUGUGAUGAGAACAACAGCGUUGGCCAUUAAGGACCUGGACAUCUACUAUAAAGCCCUAGACCAAGCAGUAAUGAAGUUUCACAGGAUGAAGAUGGAGGAGAUUAAUAAAAUCAUCAGAGAUUUAUGGCGGAGCACGUAUAGAGGACAAGACAUUGAGUACGUGGAGAUACGCUCUGAUGAGGAUAAGAACACCUCUCCUGACCUGAAAAGAAGGACCUAUAAUUAUAGAGUGGUGAUGGUCAAAGGAGACAUUGCUUUGGACAUGCAUGGACGUUGCAGUGCUGGACAAAAGGUUCUCGCCUCUCUCAUAAUACGGUUGGCUCUGGCUGAGACGUUCUGUCUGAACUGUGGGAUUCUGGCACUGGAUGAGCCCACCACCAACUUAGACAGAGAGAAUAUAGAGUCUUUGGCAUAUGCACUGGUGGAGAUAAUCAAGAGUCGUUCUUACCAGCGCAAUUUCCAGCUCCUUAUUAUCACCCACGAUGAGGAUUUUGUGGAGCUCCUGGGACGAUCCAACUAUAUGGAGUAUUUUUACAGAAUCAGGAAGAACCAGGACCAGUGUUCAGAGAUCACGAUGUGUAACAUCAACACUCUCUACCUGCACUGAUACAUCAGAUCAGAUGAGAGAAGAAAGACUGAGUUCAGUUUUGGACAGUUGUUAAGCAUCAUCCAAACAUCAGCCACCCUACCAAAAAGGAAUGUUGGCCCUCUUGUAAAUUUACCUGACUUCUUUCAGAUGAAAUGCAUUAAACAUAUUCUUAAUAAGAAUAGAGAAAUAUAUGUCAUUAAUAUCUGUAAAAUAAGUAACUUUAGCCAAUUUUGUUUAAAUGAUGGAUUGCACAAGUGAAUACACCCUAGAUUUAAUUCUACAAAGUGUAAUAUUCUAGUACUUGUGUCCUCCAUAACUCUAAGUAUACUGUUCUGAACCUUCUUGGCGCUGAGUGUACAAGUUCAUGACAAAUUGUCACAUCUGUCCUGAUUAACUCCUGGAGGAUGACAUCCUUAAAUGCCUUGGUCUUUAAUGGGAAGUGUUGCUCAGCUUGUCGCUGCAGAAUUCCCCAUAGGUGCUCAAGAGUGUUAAGAUUGGGUGAAAUAUAUGUCCACUGAAGGAUUUUCACCUUGGGAGAAUGAAUAUCUUCAUUGUCAUGUUAAAAAAUGCCCAACAAUGCAGGGAUUGAGGAGAGGGUAGCAUCUUCUAUUUCUGGUUUUUGUAUUCCAUCACGUCGUGUGUGAAUUAAUAACAGCGCUGACAACUUCCGCACACCUCCAGCACUCAUACAUUCCUAUACAAGAUUUACUACCACUGAACGUCACUGUGGGAACCAGCCACUUCUCAAUGUACUCCUCCUCUAGCAACACCAUGACAUUUUGGAUGCUGUUAGAUCUGAAAUGAUUCACUUGGUCUCAUGAGACUGUAGGGCCAUUCCCAGAAGUCUAUAUUUUGAAAAAGCUAAAUAAGUUUCUUGUGCUUAGGCUACAGUAGGUAGUUCUGGUGUGGAUAAACAACCAUGCAUGUUACUUCUGCAGGCUGCGUCAUACUCUGUGAGAUGAAGUGUCAGUCUUUUUAUAGCUUUUGCCAGCUCUGAGACAAUUUCUUGGUGUUUCUCCUGCUCUUUUUCUAGCAGAAACUCACUCAUCAUUAAAUGAAAGCUUAAACUGAAGACCUCAUUACUUCAGGGGCCUUGUCACAAGUCAAUUGUUUUUGAAUUUCUGUUACUUUUGCUAUACUUUCACAUUUAAAACAAUAAUUUGCUAUUCCUCUUGUACCAUUGUAAUCUUUUAUACUAAGAAAUAAAUAUCUCUUGACAAUU